AUGCAGUCUCUUGAAGUAGUUACAAUACAGUUGCUGCGGAAAGGUCUUAAAGGGUACAGAAAAGCAAAUCAUAAACGGGUAGGAAAUAUCUCAAGAAAAUUACCUAAAAACAAACAUUUAAAUCCAAUUCACAAGAUGGGAGCCUCCCUUAACACAAACGAUGGUUAUGUGACUUAUUAUGGUCACACACAAAACAAUAAUAGACGUACGUCUACCAGAGUUGUACUUCUUAAUCCAUCACGAAUUACACAAAUUUUAACAAUUUCAAUUGGCUCGACUUACAAUUCUAAUAUAAUACACUUUUACUAA